AUGAACGACCCGAACUUGAUUUCGACACCGAUCCAACGACAGUCCAACCCAGAAAACGCGUCACCGGAAAAAGUGGAUGUGCUCUACCCAUCUGCUGAAUGUGCUGGUGAGAAGUUGGAAUCGUCCAAUAAUGAUGUCGUUAACAAAGGGUCCUCCGCCAAGACCCAAGCGAACCAAGGGUCCAACUGCACACUCUACUCAAUCAAGAAUCUGACCCAAUUUCCGAUCCGCUUUCACGACGCCUAUGAUGGGAAGGACUACUUCGUUCACCGCGGAACGGACGAAUCCCCCGAGGUCUGGCUUCCCCUUGAAAAUGAGACACAUUCCUCUUUCCAUCUCUUAUUCCAGGAUGGUUCGUCACGCCAGUUCUUGACUAUUUACGGCAGAAGUGACGAUGAACAACAUAUAACCAUCGCUGACGACACGAAAUCCGCCACUUUCCCCACUCAUACCAGCGUUCCUUUCGUCUCGAGCAAAGGUUGCCUUACCAUCUUUUCAACUGCACAUCCGAACUACCGCAUCGACUGUUUCCGCCACAACCCCGUCAUCCCUGACGAUCUGGUUAACGUUUUCUACACUACCUGCCCUGAUACUUGA